GUCAUCAAGAAAAAAACAUGGUGGUCAAUGUUGUGUCGGGCGUUGUGAAAUAAAAUCCAUUUGGAACAAAUUAUUUGAUGUUUAUUAGUUUUAUAUUUAAUAAUAAGCGAAGAUAAAUAUUAACCUUCUUUGUGAUAUUAUAGUUGGAUAGACCAAAACCCGCAAUGUCAGAUAGAAGAGCAGAAUUAGAACGUAAGAAAGCAAAACUUCAAGCCCUUAGGGAAGAAAAGGAGCGGCGUAGAAGAGAAAAGGAAUUAAAAGAUGUUAAAGAAGCGACGGAUAGGGCACAUUUGGUGGCAGGUGGAGAUAGGAAAGAACUGGAUGAGAUGCUUAGCGAAGUUGGAGUUGCUCCACUUUCAGAGGUCUAUUCGAGCAUAUCUAGUGCAAAUUCACUCACUCCUGAACCAAGUAGAAACCAUACGCCUGACACUUCAUUGCAAAUGAAUAGCUUACCUAAUAAUGUUAUAGCUGUAAGAAAAAAAGCUCCUCAACUUACUGUAGUUCCAGUACAAUCUACCAAUAUACCACCCAAAGAAGUAGUAGUCUAUACAAAACAGACUCAAACCACUGCAACUGGACAUGAGUUAAGAGAUGGAUUUUCUUCUGCAUCGUCAUCUCCACUUAAAGGCUACAUGGAGGAUUGGUGGAGACCACGCAAAGCACACGCGACAGACUACUACGAUGAAUACAACUUAAACCCAGGUUUAGAGUGGGAAGAUGAGUUCACAGUUCUUACGUAUGACGACCCGCAAGGCGAGGAUGAGGAGAACUCUUUGCCACACAUCGGAGUCAGUAAGCUGCCACCGGGCAUUCUACCUCACGGUCUUCCCCAGGUCAAGGAGGUACAACCGGCCGUCACGCAGGUGGAACAAGAGGCCAAGAAGGAACACGAAACGAAAGAAAUUCGAGAGCUUAGCGAAGAAGAAAAACAGAUGAUAAUUCUUUCCGAGGACUUCCAGCAAUUUAUUGACAGAUCAGGAAGGAUUAUGGAAAGGGCUCUCUGCGAGACAGUGGAUAUUUAUACUGAUUAUUCCGGAAUAGGAGAGGACGCUUUAGAUGAGAAAUGCCACCAGAGGAUAUCCUUCAAUAGAACGUUCUACGAUGAGAGGUGGUCAAAAAACCGUACCAUAACUUCCUUGGAUUGGUCAACUCAGUUUCCUGAAUUACUUCUGGCUUCUUAUAAUAAUAACGAAGAAUCGCCAAACGAUCCAGAUGGCGUGGUUCUAGUUUGGAACACCAAAUUUAAGAAAACAACGCCUGAAUAUAUUUUCCAUUGUCAAAGUGCUGUGUUAUCUACUACUUUUGCUAGGUUUCACCCAAACCUUAUACUUGGUGGAACAUAUUCUGGUCAAAUCGUUCUUUGGGAUAACAGGGUUCAGAAGAGGACACCUAUACAAAGGACGCCAUUGUCUACUACCGCACAUACACAUCCUGUUUAUUGUAUGUCAGUGGUGGGCACUCAAAACGCGCACAACUUAAUCAGUAUAUCAACGGAUGGUAGAAUGUGCUCGUGGUCUUUAGAUAUGUUAGGACAACCCCAGGACACAUUGGAUUUAAGUAGGACGCAAAGUAAACCGGUAGCUGUCACUUGCUUGGAUUUCCCGAGUUCCGAUGUUAAUAAUUUUGUAAUUGGAUCGGAAGAAGGAGCCGCAUAUUCAGCGUGUCGACAUGGUGCUAAAACGGGCAUAACAGAAACGUACGAAGGUCACCAAGGGCCCAUAACGGGAAUCAGCGUGAAUUCGGUCCAAGGUGGCAUCGAUUUCUCGCAUAUGUUCCUAACGUCGUCGUUUGAUUGGACUAUUAAGUUAUGGAGCUUAAAGGAUUCGAAACCGAUAUAUUCCUUCGAUGACAACGGAGAUUACCUUUUGAAUUUAAAAUGGUCGCCCGUUCACCCCGCCUUGUUUGCGGCGGUUGAUUGUUGCGGCCGUUUAGAUUUGUGGAACUUAAACCAGGAUACGGAGGUGCCCGCAGCCAGCGUAACGGUGGAAGGAAUGCCUGCAUUGAAUAAAGUUUCCUGGACGCCUUCCGGUCUGCACGUCACAGUGGGAGAUAACUUGGGUAGGAUUCACGUCUAUGAUGUAGCGGAGAACUUUGCUCAUCCACGACACGACGAAUGGAACAAAUUUCUGUACACUACCCAGGAAUUGAGAAACAGCCAAGUGGACGAAGAACUAGAAAAGCUUAAUUAUUCCGUGUCUAAUAUAAACCCUUCAUCUUUCUGAACUCAUCUAGCUUGAAUGCCAUUUUAGGGGAAUUAUUGAUUUAUGACUUUCGAUUUGGUAUCUAUACAAAUGGCUGGAAGAUGGUAUUUAUUUAUAAAGGAUUGCUUUCUAAAUAAUUUUUAAAAAGAGAAUGCUAAUAUUUAUUUUUACACUUUAGCCAUUUGUAUAUUCUAUUAACUACUGAACUUAUAUUUAUCAACUGUGAAUGCAAUGUGCAAAUACUAUAGAUAAAACGAAAAUCGGCCAAUGUUAAUCGUAGCCAAAAUGCCAUAUGCUCUUCUUUUAUCCAUCUUAUAAGUAUAAGAGCCCCUCUUUUUCAGUUACCAUAACGUGUGCAGCUACGUAUAUUUAUUUCUUGAUAUGUCGUAAUAUUGAUUCUUUAUUAAAUUAACAUCACUUUGCAAAACAUCAUACUCAUCUAGAUUCUUUAAGUUCACGAUAUUUAACUAGUCAUUGAGAUUUGUAAACAUAUUUAAUGAAAUUUAAAUGUAUAAUAGUUUAAAUAUACAGAGUGUUAUUUAAAUAGGUAGUAAAACUUCAGAGGUUGAUUCUUUGAGCGAUUUUAAGACCAAAAAUUACUCGUUUUUUUCGCAAAUACAAAUAUUUUUUUGGUUUUCGAGUAUCUUCGUAUCUUGCUUUGUUUUCCAGAUAAAAAAUAGGAACCACUUAUGUCAUGUUUAUAGGGAAUAAUAAUAGCCAUUUCUAAUAAUUAAUAAAACAAUUAUCUUUUUUUUUUAGAAUCCUGAUGUUUAGAUCUGAUGUUAAUUUAAAUGAAGUAUUAAUCAAUAGUAAGUUGGUAACUGAGUUAGUAUUCUCGAAAAUUGUUCGACAAUUUUCCGAGAUAUGCAAUUAUUGUCGUUAGACGACUCUAUAUAUUGUGAUCUUGUGACCUGUAAAGGUAGAUAGAAAGGGGAUAGUAGUAAGAUAAAAAAAAUGGAUUUUUUCUACUCACUUUAGUAUCUAAGUCACUCUGUUAAUAUUUACCAUUUUGUUUUGUUUCCAUUUCCAGAUAAAGAAUAAUAUGUAUAACGUGCUUGUUCAAUACUAAGUAAAGAUAUUUAUAAAAAAAAAACAUAUUUAUAUAUGAGAAUAAAAUGUGUAACACACCUUUAUCAGUGAUUAACUUUUUUUGUUUACUUAAUUACUGUUAUAAGGGAAGAGAAAAAAAUGAAAUAAAGCCAUUAUAACA